GAGAUCAUCCGGACCAGCAGCAGCGAUUUACUCACCAUACCUUUUGUACCGAAACUAUAGACUCGGACGUGCUUGCUCUCUUGCAGACCCUGACUGCUUGUAGACGAUGCCUCCUACUGCCUCUGCGUUGAUUGCUACCUUCGAAGAUGGCUUCCUUUCGUCACGAAGAAUCUAGCAUGAGCACAUCUAUGGCACUUUUAUGCAUGUUUCACUUUCUUUUUCCCCCUCUGUGCGUCUCGGUCAUGUCUUUGAUCAUAGCGGUGUGUCGGUUCAACAGACGUUUGUCUCGUCUCGUGUACACCUUCACAUGUCCGCACAUGUUGAUACAAGCAAUACACUUCACAGAUUCAAAGCCCUUGGGUGAUCAGCUGGCUCGUAAGCGCGAGCCUUGCUGCCGUGAGAGAGUGGGCAGGCUUUCUAUCUCCGCGAAGAGUCUUGGGAUCUUGACGACGCUCCUCAUGUGAGUGUGUGUGUGUGUGAGAGAACACGCAGCCUCCUU